UACUUUUGAGAAUAAUGAAUUAAACUUUCUGUAGAGAGAACUCCAGAAAUUAAUUCCCUUGAAAGUCAAAGCUAGAGAAUCCCAAAGGAUCUCCUCUAGCCACCUUCCAUUCACAUCAUCCAUUCUCUCAUUUUCCAAAUCAGAUUUUCAUUCCCGUCCACCACGCUCGCCCAAUCCUUUACUUCUGCGUGGCUUGCGUCAUCCGUCACGUUUACAUUUCUGCCACGUGAGCCUGUCCCUGGAAGCUCCAACGCUAGCUCAUCAUUUUUCUCUCUCAAUCAUUCGAGAGAACAAAUCAUCAUUCUCGCGUUCGUCUUCCUUCCAGCGCUUCUCCUCCAGCAACCAUUUUCCUCACAGAUCCACCCUCACAGAUCAUCACGUAAGUCAUCUCCAUCGAUCUAUAUCUCAGAUUUGCCUUAUCCUUGCCUUUUGAUACCUUCGCACCGAUUGAAACUUUGUUUGGUGCCCUGUCAUUUCUUCCACCAUCGUUCUUCGCUCAUUCACCGAUUCAAAUCAUGAUUUCUUUCCAUUUCAUCGAUUUAAUCGUUGCAUACUUCUUCUCUACCGAUUAAAUCCUUCCUUACCUUCAACCCUAGAGUUUUCUCCGAUUAAACCUCAACCUAGGGUUCUUCGUUCUUCUGCUUCUUUCCGCUGCGCAUUGAUGUCAAGGAUGUCUCGAGGAGUCCAAAUCUCUCAAGUUUCGUCUUCUCCUCGGAGCGUCAGCUAUCAAGUGGUAUUCAGAGCCUAGGUUAGGCGCGUCCGCUUGAGCUAAGUAUCUCGUUUCUCUCUGAUAUGAGUUACUCUUCGUUGAUUCUCAAAUUUUCUGUCUCGAUCUGUUCUCUGUUCUUGAGAUUCAAUCUGUGCGUUUGGUUUUUUUCAAAUUAUUCGUGUUGUUCAUUAUGAUUCCUUCUCUGUCUUGUGUUGAUUCAUGUGUUUUUGGUCUUGAUCUGUUCAUUAGGUUUCUGCUUGAGUCAUUUCUUGUAUGCUAACCUUGUUUUGGUUGUGUCUUUCAUCAUCUUAAUCGGUCCAAAUUUUGUUGAGUCAUUUUUCAUUGAUGAAUCAUAUUCUGUCAUGUUUACAGUCAUGUUUAAUUGCUUAAAAUGUCAUAAAUUUUGUGUUCAAAGCUGUGUUGAGUUUUUCCUGAGAUUCUGGAAUAUAUGAUCAGUGGCUAUACACCAUAUGAGCUAUGAUACAUUCAUUGUGAGCUCGGGUGCAUGCAAAAGUGACCGUAAUCUCAGAUUUAACGUACUGUUGAGGUGUAUUUUGAUUUGCGUUUAUUGUCAUGGUCAAUACAUAUUAUUUUGGUGAUAAAAUGCUUGAAUGAGUUCGUAUCAGGUGCACAUCACUUAAGCCAUGAAUUGCUGAAGCAAAUAGCUUGAUGGCACCUUGUUAAAACUCCAGCAGUAUCAAAUUGCAGUUGGCCGAUCUGCAUUGUCUUGUUUGAGUCUAAAUUUUGUUUUAAAAUCUGUUCUGGCAUAUAGAUCUUGCUGGAAAUCUUACAUUAAUUUCCUCGUGUCGUGUUCAAGUUUCCAAUUGCUGUUUUAAAGUCAUUUUCAUCAAUAAUUUGUCCUUUGACUCAAUGAAACUUAAAACUGGUGGUGUGGUUGACCUGUUUGAUUGCAUAAUUGGCUAUUGCAAGUUCAAUUUUCGAAUUACUAUGUUCUGCAUCCAAUUUUAAUGCAAAACAAGUUUGUUUUGAAGUUUUAAACAUGUUGAGAUAGUUAAUUCGAGUUAUAUCAGCCUUUGUGCGUUUUUCACCUUUGAAACCACCAUUUUAAGUCAAUUUUUUUUAUGAAGCAAGUAUAGUGCAGUACUGACAUUUUGAUUUGUGCAUUUAUGAUUCAGUUGGAUUGUAGUAAGAGCUAGGGUCUGUUGAAUGAAAUCAAAACAAGUCAAAAAGAAUAUCUAUACAAGUUUAGAAAGCGUUCAGACCUUGUGCAAUCCAACUAAGACAAGCUCCAAAUCAGAAACUGAAAACAUUAUCAGUUAUGAAUUAAUUUUGUUGGGGUAUUUCAUCAAACUUGUUUGUAAAAUUCAGUACUGGAGUCACUUAACUGUCUCUGAUCUAACUUGCUUGUUUUUCUUGCUUUCUUAAUCCCCUCUAGAGCAAUUCUUAGGUUCAUUUUUGAGUGCUUCCCUUCUUGAUAGUUUUGCUUCUUGUUUGUCUUUGUUGGUUAUCUAGUUUUGUCUGCAAUGCAUGUGAAAUCUAUUCUGCCAACUUUUAAUUGAAGCUUUUAAUUGCUUAUUUCAUCUGGUCUAGAGUUUCCUUAGUUAGAGUCUGCCCUGCUAUUUGAGUGGUUGUGCUGUUUGUCCAUCACUUUGCCUUAGCUAACCAUUUUCCUGAAUUGAGAAAUCUGAUUCCAAUCUGGUUUUUUUGGAUUUGAAAGAAGGUAAGUGUGAAUGGUAGCAUUCUAGGUGGUGGUGAUCCACAGGAUUCUCUGGCUUAGACUGAAAAUUUCAUUUGAGUGCCUUAAAAUGUUUUAAAGAGAAAUCUGGGUGCUGUGAGAUUAGCGGCUAUUGGCAUUUACAAGAGUUCAGUUUCAACUAACCAUUUGUUGAUUGUUCAUUGUGCAGGAAACGAAAAUGAGAUGAUCAGAGUGGAGAGUUGUGACUGUUUAAGAAGUUAUUGAAAUCAAUUUAGUUCAUAAACUGUUUGAUGAAGUCAAUGAGAUAUUAAAUGCUUGAAUGUUUAAACUGUGCUUGUGAUGCUAUUUGUGCUUGUGUGCAGAGCUGAUGUGAAUGAAUCAUUAGUUGAGCAGAAUAUUAUUGAAGAAACAGUAGCAGGAACACUUCAGUGUGGAUCUUGAAACAGGCUAGAAACAACCAUUCAAAUAGGGAAGUUGUCUAACUUACCUUUGUUGUGAAUUGCUAUUCUGUUUUAGCUUGUAAGUGAUGUAAGUGAUAAUAUUGAAUGAAUAUCCUGCUGAUUUUGGUUGAAAUUUAACUGUGCAGAAUACUUGGAACAGUUUGAGAGUUUAGUUUAAGCACUUCAUGUGGAAGCUUGAACUAAAGGGAGUUUAAUUGAACAGCAGCAUAAUUCUGAGUGGAAAGCUUGGAAAGCUUGUGCAGCCAAGAGAAAGGAUUGACCAGAAGCUAGAUUGCCCAAGUUAUCCAGCAACAAGAAAUUGAAGCAAUAGGAGUGUACGUAUUUUUGGCACAAGGACUGGCAUCCAAAAGUGGAUUGUAGCUGACCCAGACCAGACCGUGGCAGCUGUUUGAAUCUUUUGUAAAUUGUUUUCUUCAUUUUAUGUGUAAUAGGUUUUUGUGUUAGCUGUCUUUUAAUAUCAGUGUAAAAGGCCAUUCAAAGUCCAAGUGUCUUGGAAGAGUCCUUGGUGCUCUUUCAACUCUUGGCAAAACUUUUCUUGUUUGUGUUUAAUUCUUGUAUCUUACGUUUAGGGGUGAUUUAGGCUAAAAGGGAUUAAACUCUAAGCCUUGUCACAUUAGAGUCCGAAAAGUCUCGUCUUUUAGUGUUUAAUUGUUGUGAUUGUUUGUGAGUUGUGUUCUUUGAUUUUAAAAGUAAUUUUAGUUUAAAGGAUAACUAGUAGUAACCUAAGACAUUUCUGGCAAGGCAAGACUUGGUACUUAAGCAGUCUUCAUGACUCACCUCUCUUACCUGGGACUUGUCUAAGUGUGAAUCUUGUAAAUCUUUUACACUAGAAAAACUUUUAAAAACAAAGAUGUCUUGUUAUCCAUAUAGGUCUUCUAGGAAUUUUAAUUUUGAUAAGCAACUUAGUUACAAAGACAUCAAAAGAGCACAUGAUAAAGCUAGAAGGAAGUCUUGUUCAUUUUAUGAAUUUGAUAGGAUUGAAGAUGAUUUGUAUAAACAAGCUAGUGAAAGAAUUCCAUUAUUUGGUGAUGAUAUUGGUGCAUUAACAUACCUAGCUUGGGAAAAGGAAAUUGAUGACAUGCAUUCAUUCAUGGUGAGCAAAAGUAAAUCUGAAUCCUUCUAUUUUAGAGAUAGUGAAUCUUAUAUUCUUAGUCUUUACACUUCUAGUUUUAAAAAGCAUGCAAGAGAGUGGUGGGAUGAUAGGCAAUAUCAUGUUAAGAUAGGUAGAAAAUAUCCCAUUCAUGAUUGGAAUGAAUUGAAAGCUUGUAUGAAAAGAAAGUUUGUGCCUCGAGAAAUUGAAAGAAACUUAGAACUUAUGAGAGAACUUAUUAGAAAAGGUGAGUCAUUCAUUCAAAAUUUAAGUGGGUUCUCUCGUAGGGAAAGUGAGUUUCUAGAAAAACUGAAGAGGCUAUGGGAAGAGACAAGCAAAUAUAGAAUUGAGAGAUUAAAAAGAGAAAAACAAAAGCAAGAAGUAAGAGAGAAAAGAGAAAAAGAGAGAAGAGAAAAAGAAAGAAGAGAAAAAGAAAGAAGAGAAGAAGAGAAAAGAAGAGAGCAAGAGAGAAAAAAAGAAGAAGAAAACAAGAGAAGAAAAGAGGAAGAAAGAGAGAGAAGAGAUGAGGAAGAAAGAGAAAGAAGAGAAGAAGAGAAAAGAAGAGAGAAAGAGAGAAAAGAAGCACAAAGAAGAGAAAAGGAAGAAGUUGAAAGAAUAGAAAUGGAAGAAAAGAAAAAGCAACUAAGGGUCAUAUCUCCUCCUACCCUAGAAGCUAGAUUCUUAAGGGGAGGUUUUCUAUCCUCUCACUUUUCUCCAUUUAUAUUUGAAUUUUUCAAAUUUCACUUUUCUUUCAAAGACUUUGCUACUCCAUCUUUAAAAAUGUUAUCACUUUCAACACAUGCAAAGUCACAACUUAGGUUAUGGUUACCUUUAUGGUUACCAAUAACUCAAGAUACACAUAAAAUUGCAAAUGAAGAAAGGUUUCCUUGUUAUAUUAACAUUAAAAAUUUCAAAAUUAGGAAACCUUCUUUUACACAUAGUCUUUUAUAUAUAUUAUUGGGUCAAAGAAAACUAAUUAGAGAUAUGUUUGAUGUUUAUUGCAGAUGGAUAUUUGACCCAGGUGGAACCCUUGUGAAGCCAACGAAAAUAAGUCUUCAGAAGCACCAUCAGAUUUGA